AUGACCCGAGCACAGUCAGGGGCCCCUCCCAAACCUACCCUCUGGGCUGAGCCAGGCCAUGUGAUCACCCUGGGGAGCCCCGUGACCAUGUGGUGUCAGGGGACCCCGGAGGCCCAGGAGUACUAUCUGAAGAAAGAGAGAAGCUCUGAGUUCCAGUACAUGCAGAUGACACAGAAACCUGGGAACAAGAGUAAGUUCUACAUCCCUUCCAUGACAAGGCAUCACACAGGAAAAUAUUGCUGUUACUAUUACAGUGGCAUUCAUGCAUCACACUACAGUGACCCUCUGGAGCUGGUGGUGACAGGAGUCCUCGGAAAACCCACCCUCCUAGCCCUACCCAGCCCUGUCGUGACAUCAGGAGGGAAGGCGACCCUCCAGUGUGGCUCUUGGAGGGGAUUUGAAAAGUUCAUUCUGGUUCAGGAAGGUGAACACAAGCACUCCUGGUCCCUGGACUCACAGCAACAACAUGAUGGGCAUUUCGAUGCCCGGUUCUCUGUGGGUCCCGUGAACCCCGGCCACAGGUGGACGUUCAGAUGUUAUGGCUAUUUUAGGAAUGAUCCCCAGGUGUGGUCGGAACCAAGUGAUCCUCUGGACAUCCUGAUCCCAGGAGUGUCUAGGAAGCCCUCCCUCCUGGCCCAGCAGGGCCCUGUCAUGGCCCUUGGUGAGAGCCUGACCCUCCAGUGUCGCUCUGAUGUCGCCUACGACAAGUUUGCCCUGUCCACGGAGGGGCAACAAAACCUCACCCAGCACGCUGGCAGGCAGACCCAGGCUGGGAUCUCUCAGGCUGACUUCCCCCUGGGCCCUGUGAGUGACUCCCAUGGGGGUCAGUACAGAUGCUAUGGUGGACACAACCUCUCCUCCCAGUGGUCGGCCCCCAGCGACCCCCUGGACAUCCUGAUCUCAGGAUGGCUCUCUGACAGACCCUUCCUCUUGGUGGAGCCGGGCCCCACGGUGACCUCAGGAGAGAAUGUGACCCUGCUGUGUCAGUCACGGUACCCACUGGACACUUUCUUUCUGUCCAAGGAGGGGUCAGCCAGUCCCCCCCGGUGUCAAAGUUUAAAGAUCCAAGCUCAGCAGUACCAGGGCGAGUUCACCAUGAGUCCUGUGACCUCAGCCCAUGGGGGCACAUACAGGUGCUACAGCUCACUCAGUACCUCCACCUACCUGUUGUCACACCCCAGUAACCUCCUGGAGCUGGUGGUCUCAGAGUUCGACCACAGCCACUGCCCCACCACCUCAGCGGUCUCAGCCACCACCACAGCCAUGGAUGCUGCCGCUGCGGCCAUUGCCCCACCCAUGCCUGAGGUGACCACAGCUCCAGACCCCUCUGACUUUGGCCCUGCCAGGCUUGCAUUGACUUGCAGCCUCCAGCUGCUGCAGAUAAAGAUCAAAUGGAGCGGUGAGGUACCACCACCUGCUGGCGAUCCAAG